AUGGCCGAUGUGGAUGACGUCCAUACAAAACCUAUCCCGGCGUUUUAUUGCUGUUAUCUCCUGAGAUCAACCGUUCGGCAAACUUCUCUGUACAUUGGCUCCACUCCUCAUCCAUCUAGACGGCUCGCGCAGCACAAUGGAGUCUCAAAAGGUGGAGCACGCAAGACUGCAAAUGACAAGAGACCUUGGGAAAUGGUGCUCAUUGUAGAAGGCUUUAUGAGUCGGACUGCUGCCUUGCAGUUUGAAUGGGCAUGGCAGAAGCCGGGCAAAUCUCGCCAUCUUGGCUUUGGUGAUGAUAAUACGGAAUCUGCCGGAGGGAAGGGUAGGACCCGGCCUCGUGGCCCCGCGAGGUCCUUGAAAGGGCACUUGGAGAAUUUGCACGCUUUGCUACGAUCGACAUACUUCUCUAGUCUACCUCUCAGAGUACGAUUCUUUGCUGAAGACGUUCACCAACUGUGGAGGGUUUGGAGUGAUCGCGUAGAUGGUGUCAUUCCGGAGCACAUCAAAGUUAUCCCAGAUGGUAGCUGUGUCGAGAAUAAGCAGCCUGGCAUCGAGUACGCAAGAGUUGGUAGCGUCGAGCACAUUCAGGUCGAUUACAGUAAGAUGUAUAAUUACUUGGAGAAGGCAGCGUUUCAGCUGGACGAUCCAGAAGACUUGCAGUGCAAAGUUUGCCAAACACCGGUUGUCCCCAAGGAAGAGCUGGUAGUUGUCUGUCCUCAGAUGCGCUGUUACUGCGUGAGUCAUUUAUUAUGUCUAUCGGCUAGGUUCCUAGAUUCUACCACGGAGCGAGGAAGACUCGUACCCAUAGCUGGAAAAUGUCCUGGAUGCCACAAAAUUGUCCAAUGGUCCCUGAUGAUGCAGGAACUGAGUUUACGAACCCGAGGAGAAAAGGAAUUGCAGGCUAUUUUGAGGAAAAAGAAACGAGGGGAUUACAGGAAAAAUGACGUUCCGAGUGAGGACACUGAUGAUGUGAGCACAGCUACUGCAGAACACUGUGACUUUCCCGAGUCAGUGGGUAGCUCAGUAAAGGGGCCGAACAACGCCUCCGAUGAAGGCACCCACGACGACAUCCCUCUAGAAGAUGACUGGUAUGAGUCGCUGGCCCUCGAAUCAGACCAUGAGAUCGAUGAUUGGUCGAAGGGCCAUCCUGCAAUGGCCACAAGAGUCGAAAUAGUCAUCGAGGAUAGCGAUGGGUGA